AUGAACUCAACAACUUUCCAACCACCCAAUCUCGCUCCUCCUCGGACAAGCCCGGCAAAUGCAACAAAUGGUAGUGGAAGCCCCUCCCACCGACACCUGUCGGCGACGGAUGAAGAGCGGACGACAACUGGACAUCGUCGUAACAAGUCUAGCGUGGACGGCACCAAGUACAAGGAUGGAACAUGGUCACCCAAGAACGACAAGAUCCUCAUGGGUCCAUAUGACUACGUACACGAGCAGCCAGGGAAAGACAUACGGCGACAACUGAUCCACGCCUUCAACUCCUGGCUGCAGGUUCCGCCGACGAGCCUAGCAAUCAUCACCAAGGUCGUAACGAUGCUGCAUACAUCAUCGCUGUUAAUCGAUGACGUCGAAGAUAACUCCGUCCUCCGCCGCGGCAACCCCGUCGCACACAACAUAUUCGGAACAGCGCAGACAAUCAACUCCGCAAACUAUGUGUACUUCCUCGCGCUGCAAGAAGUACAACAGCUCAACAACCCGACCGCGAUUAACAUAUACGUACAAGAGAUGCUGAACCUGCACCGGGGCCAGGGGAUGGAUCUCUUCUGGCGCGACUCGCUGACCUGCCCGACGGAAGACGAGUACCUAGAAAUGGUCGGUAAUAAAACAGGUGGGCUGUUCCGUCUCGCAGUAAAACUCAUGCAGGCGGAGAGUACAACGGGCAAGGACUGUGUUGCCUUGGUCAAUGUCAUGGGCCUGAUUUUCCAGAUCUGCGACGAUUACCUCAACCUCGCGAAUACGGUGUACACGGAGAACAAGGGAUUCUGCGAGGAUCUCACCGAAGGGAAAUUCUCCUUCCCGAUUAUUCAUAGCAUUCGCUCAGACCCGUCCAACCUGGUGCUCAUCAAUAUCCUUAAGCAAAAUACCAAGGAUGUGGAGGUUAAACGAUAUGCGGUGCAGUAUAUGAAGAGUACGGGGAGCUUUGCGCAUACAAGUCGAGUUGUUGGGGAUCUGCGAGAUCAGGCGUUGGGGUUGAUUGAGACGAUUGAUGCCACGCCGAAUAUCAAUGGGGCUGGUGAUGGGCAGAUGGUGCGUGCUAUUGUGGAAAAGAUUGUGGAGUCGACGUUGUCGGAUCCCAAUACUCACUAG